AUGGCAGGCGAUCGUGGUCUGUGGCUCAGCACAGCAACGGUUCUAUUCUUUAGCUGGGCAAUUUUGGCAUGCGGGGUCCGAGUAUGGAUAAUAGCUACUCUGCACGUUGCAGCAAAUUUCUGGGCUGUCGACAGCGGUUACGGGCGCCCAAUUGUGGAUAUUGGAGACUUGCGCAUGCACAAUGUACAGAAGGCGCUUUUUAUCGGUCAUAUAGCCUAUAUCGGUUCCACUGGGCUGUCAAGAGUGUCUACAGCAUUCUUUAUCGGGCAACUGACCCGUCAUUCUCCCCGAGUUAGGAUGUCAUACUUGCUAGCCAGCGCAGCGGGGGGAUGGACCAUGAUUUCAAUCCCCAUAGUUGCUAUGCGAGGCAAGCUCUCUCAGCCUUGGACUGUAUUAGAUGGUGGCAAGUCAAUGUUCUAUAGGUGGAUUGCUGUUGAAGUGGGGGCAAUGGUGAUUGAGAUUGCACUGUGGCUGCUUUCUCUGUCCCUUAUCUGGGGGCUUCAGAUGAAUCGCCAGAAGCAAAUUCUGAUACUUGCAGCUUUCGGUUCCCGCCUCUUGAUUCUUCCCAUCCUCUCAAUGCGCCUAUCUUAUCUCUCGCCUGAAAAGAACUACAAUCCGACUUUCACAAGCAUUGUCCCUCAUAUACUCAUGGAGGCUGCCCUGAACUACGCACUAGCCUCCACAUCACUUACCUCACUUAAACCUCUCCUCAAACCCUUCCAUACGGGCGCAAUUGCUAAUAGAAUCAGGUGUGAAAACUCGGGGAUAUAUUCCGGAGCUCGAUUAGAGGGUCAAGGGAUUUAUAUGCUUACUCCAGUCUCUAGAGGCUCAGAAGGGCAAAGCAUACAGUGA